CCGAAAACACUUCACAUUUGCUCGGCAACUGGAAGAAGGGGGUAGCCCGACAAAACAUUGUAAUCACUCUUGAUAAAAACCGAAGGCAGUUCUCCAACGAUGCUGGACGAGGUGAAGCACGUUCUGCUGGUUCUAUCGGGCAAGGGUGGCGUUGGCAAGUCAACGGUGAGCACCCAGCUGGCACUGGCCCUCAAGGUAGCCGGCUUCAAGGUGGGAAUCCUCGAUGUCGACCUCUGUGGCCCCAGUGUGCCUUAUCUCCUAAAUAUUGAGGACAAGGAUGUGCACCAGUCCUCGGAAGGAUGGAUUCCAGUGUACACUGAUCAGGAUCAGACACUUGCUGUAAUGUCCAUUGGAUUUUUGCUGAAAAAUCGUAACGAUGGGGUUGUCUGGCGAGGACCCAAGAAGACUGGCAUGAUCAGACAGUUUCUGACUGACGUCGUCUGGAAGGACAUCGAUUAUCUGAUCAUUGACACUCCUCCUGGCACCUCAGACGAGCACAUCACUGUUAUGGAGAAUCUGAGAGAUGUUAAGUGCGAUGGGGCUAUUAUCGUUACCACUCCACAGGCUGUUGCUGUCGAUGAUGUCUUGAGGGAAAUAACGUUUUGCAGGAAAACUGGGAUUCCGGUUAUUGGGAUUGUCGAGAAUAUGAGUGGAUUUGUCUGUCCAACGUGUUCGGAGUGCACAAAUAUUUUUUCGUCUGGUGGAGGCAUAGCCCUGUCCGAAAUGGUGAAAGUUCCAUUUUUGGCUAAACUUCCCAUCGACCCGGCGAUUGGAAAACUAGCUGACAAGGGCCAAAGCAUCCUGGUGACACUUCCUGACAGUCAAGUUGCCCAGGUCUUCAGGAAACUCGUUGAGGAGCUCACCAAGAGCAAGGAAGCUUGAACUAAAAAAUGAAAAACCCUCUCUAACGUGUUACCGAGUGGAUGAACUGUGUGACUGCUAUGCGAACGUAUGAUACACAUUAACAGUUUGUUAUUUAAAUAAACUCGAACUCUGUGAGCAAGUAGGGGAGAGUUCAUAUGAUGGAGGAUUCGUUCAUAUGAAUAUUCGCUUUUCAAACUCGAAUGCUAUUACUCGAUUAUUUUACUUAAACACAGAGAUGUAGAUAUUACAUUUUGUAUCUUGUAUAUUUUCAGGAAAAAUAUUCUAGAGGUGUUUUGUACAGUCAAGUAACAUCGAAAAUAUUUUUUAUAAAAUUUUGAUUGUGGAAUGGUGUUCAAACGAUAAUAAUAAAAACAAUCGAAAAAUCA